UUAACUUGAAUUUCAAUUUGUUUGUUUAGCGGGAAAAUAUAUAUAUAUAUAAAUCAAUGUUAAAAAAUAAAUUUAAAAAAGACACCAUGUAUGGCAAGACAGGUUAUAACAAAGUUUAGGAAAAAAACUACCUGUAAGAGAACUGUAGGAAACAUCUAUUAAAUGAAAUCUAUAUGCCAAUUAGUUGGAAAUGAAACAUAAACUUGCUAAAAGAGCUUUGGAGAAGGAAAUAAGAAAACUUAUGCCCCUGGAAAAGGGGAGGGUAAAUCAAUAAUUAAGAAAAAACAAAUAUAAACAAGACAAUAUGCAAUGGAGGUAAGAAAGGAAGAAAACUAACGACAAACAUUUACAAAGAAAAUAUUUAUGGAGAAAGAAAACAGGAGGGAAGAUGUAACAAUGACAAGAUUGAGAGUUGGUCAUAGCUACUUAAACGAAUCUUUAUUUAUUUAAUAGUGAAAUUGAAAAGUACAACAACAGAGAAUGAGGGAAAAAGUAAAUAAAAUACAGAAUGGAGUCUAAAAGGAAUUUUAGGAACAGAAAGGGAUAAAGAGGAAUCAGGAUUAUAAAUAAAAUAUUUUCAUUUUUAUAUAUCAAAUGAACACAGAAAUUAGUAGUUGCAGGCUAUGAGGUUGUACAGUAGGGGGCAGUGUGCCUCUGUGAAGUUGUUUGCAAUACGACAAUAAAACAAAAGAAGAAGAACGCGCUGCUGCUCAGUGUUGAUGUUGUGAAACCACUUUAUAACAGAGCAGUAGUUUAUCAAUGGCCAGUUAUUAGGUUAAUACGGUAAUUUCAUAACUCAGUCUGCCUGCAGCUCACGGAGUGAACAGCUACAUUAGUUUGUGGAGGCUUCCGGGUUCAGUUAGCAAUGCGAAAACAAUGUAAAUUUUUAUACAAACAUUAAGGUAUCACAGGUAUUUUUCCAAACAUAAAAUAACAGCACCGAACGAAACCUCCCAGUUCGGAAUGCUGGAGCUAUUAAAACCUUUGUGGAAGGUAUUUAAAAGAUUUACGAGGCACUACAGUAGAGUGACGUUACCCGAUGCCAUCCCAGCUGUCACCGCUGCCAUGGCCUGAGAUUUUUUUCUACUGGCUGCUCUCUUUGGGCUCUCAUUUUUACUCUUUUUACCAGCUGCACAAGUUCUCCAAAGAGCAUGAAGCUGGUUUACAGAGAGAGUUCCAGUUGGAAAAUGGCCUUUUUAAGAGCUUCAAAAGGGACCCGUCUGACUUUGAGUGGAGUUUCUGGACUGAGUGGGCCAGAAAGUCUUUACUAUGGACUCUAGUCGGUCAUGGCGUAUUAUCAAGAUUGGCGGCCAUUUUUCACCCCAAGCUUAAGGUGCUUGCGCUCACAAUGUUCGACUUCUUGGCAGCCAGCAGCUUGCUGGGCUUUAAGGGUGUGGGGGUUCUGCUUCUACAGCUGUCCGUUGCCUUCUCAGCGGCCCAGCUGCGAAAGCCUUCUUGGGCGUGGAUCACUAACCUUCUGCUGCUCUCCACAAUUCACAUUCAGCCACUGCAAGACAUCCAGAGAGGCUGGUACAGCACAGAGGAGGAGUACUACCUGCUACUUUUCAGCGUUGCCGUCUGUGGCCUGCGAUUCAUCAGCUUCAGCCUGGAGCACUGCUGGAGCCCUUUAGAGUGCAGUCGAGUCGCGCAUCUCUUCUGGCUGUUUUCAUACACCUUCUAUCAUCCUUUCUUCUACAACGGACCCAUUAUCACUUUCAAAGCCUACGCUGAGCAGAUGAGGAAGUCGGCCGACGAGAACAGCGGGGAGGAAUCUGUCUUUGGCUACGUGCUGGUCAGAUCAGUCCGGGUCAUUCUGUGGUGGAUCCUGGCAGAAUACAUGAUCCAUGUCAUGUACAUGCACUCCAUCCACUCUAAUGAGACCUACAUAGAAUUGCUUCCUCCAUGGGCUUUGGAACCUGAAAUGAUUUCAGCUCCGUGUCUCCUGUCUGCCUCAGGGGGUCUGGCCCUGGCUCUGGUCCAGUUCUUCUACGUGAAGUAUCUGGUGCUGUUUGGGCUUCCGUCCAUGCUCGCCACUUUGGACGGCCUGAUACCCCCGAAGCUCCCGCGCUGCGUCAGCAUCAUGCACAGCUUCACAGGGAUGUGGAGGCACUUUGACGAGGGGCUGUAUCGAUGGCUUAUAAGAUACAUCUACGUGCCUCUGGGUGGUUCCCGCCACGGUCCUCUCUCCAAAGUGUUUUCCACCGGCGUCGCCUUUGCGUUCGUCUGCUUCUGGCACGGCGGCCAGGACUACCUGCGGUACUGGGCCCUGAUGAACUGGGCCGGCGUUCUGGUGGAAAACGCCAUCAGAGCUCUCUUUGCCUCAUCCCGCCUUCACUCCGUAGUUGAGCAGAAUUUCUCCUUGGCGAUGCGAAGGCGCUGCGCCGCCCUCCUCUGCGCCUUCUCGACGGCCAUGCUCAUCCUGUCUAAUCUGGUGUUCCUCGGGGGGACGCACGUGGGCAGAAUCUUCUGGAAGCGCGUCUUCAUUCAGGGGUGGUCCACCGUCGCUCCGCCGAUGCUCACCUUCCUCUACUGCUUUGCUCAGGUUGGACUUGAGCGAACUUCUUCCCAACCGUGAGUCACCUUGACUUCCUGGAAAACUGAGAAUCCCUGCUGCCGGACAACCAGGACAACCCGUUGGCCACGGAGCUGCGGCGACCUGACCCGACAGCCACGGCGAGUGUCCAAAACACAGCCCAAGUUCUGCUGCAGAGCUGCACCGCAAAGCAAAAAAAAAACAAAAAACGCUGGACCCCAGAGUCUGUCUUCAUUGUACGGCUUUGAUAAGAUAUUGCUCAGUGGUGCAGUAAAUCAGAGAAGUGCAAUGUUUACUGCUAAAAACCGCUGGUCAGUCAGACUCCAGAGGGCAGCAGCAGAAACCUGACCCAGGCUCUGUUCUAUACACAUUUAAUCAGGAUGUAGCCGACAUGUGAAAUCCCAAUAAAGUAUUGGUUAUUUUUCUUCUACAUUACAGACACGAUGGGAAAAGAAAACGUCCCCAAACUCACCUGUCAAUAAAAGUUAUUUAUAUAGAUAUUAGUUUGUUUCUGGUAAGAACUGCUGAAAAUGUACAACUAUCAAUGUUCCAAAUGGCAAUGUCCAUAAUUUUAAUAAAGAUUACAAUUUUUUUAAAAA